AUGGCAAGACAAUUGGAUGGGAAAGUGGCGUUGGUCACAGGCUCCUCAUCUGGCAUCGGAAGAUCAAUCGCCAUCCAGCUUGCGUCUCUCGGAGUCAAAAUCGUUUCCUUUGAUCUUCAUGACCUGCCAAACUCCAAAGGCUACGAAGAAGACAUCGACAAGACGACAGCAGAGGUGAUUUCCGCCGCGGGAGGCGAGGCCAUCUUCUUCCCGGGUGACAUCACAGACACCAAAGUCGUCGAGGAUGUUUUCAAGAAGUCAAAUGAGAAGUUCGGCCGCCUCGACAUACUCAUCAACUGCGCAGGGUACUGGGCCCCAUUCCACCUCUUCGCAGACGAAUCCGACGAGCUAUGGGAACGAAUGUCGGCCGUAAACACCCUCGGCACCGCAAAAAUGUGCCGUCUUGCCAUCCGCCAGUUCCUCCAGCAAGACCUCGACCCUGCAUGGGGCAGCCGCGGACGCAUCGUCAACAUCUCGUCCUGCGCGGGCGUCGUCGGGUUUCCGGGAGAGGUGGCCUACUCCGCGACAAAAGCUGCGGUCAACCACAUGACGAGAGCUGGUGCUUUGGACCAUGCCAAGGACUACAUCAACAUCAACUGCGUAGCGCCGGGCGUCGUGGCGACGGGGCUGGCGAGGGGGAAUCUUGAGGAUGCUGGGAUACACAAGCUGAUGAAGAAGGCGACGCCGUGGCCUCGAUUAGGGACGGCGGGGGAUAUUGCUGAUGUUGUUGUGUUUUUAUGCAGGCCGGAGUCGAAGUGGAUGACGGGUCAGGUUCUUGCUGUUGAUGGCGGCAUGACGAUUGGCGUGGCACCCGGUAGUUGA